AUGGCUUCGUAUCCCGACAAGGCCUGGAAGACUCUGACCACACAUCUGCUCGCUGGCGGCGCCGCCGGACUGGCCGAGGCACUCUGCUGCCACCCGCUGGACACAAUCAAGGUGCGCAUGCAGCUGAACAACAUGCGUCGGGCACCGGUCAAUGCCGCGGCGCCCCUGCCCAAGUCGUUCCUGGGCGUUGGUCAGCGCAUCGUUCAGCGCGAGGGCAUCUUAGCGCUGUACAAGGGCCUGGGCGCAGUUGUAUCGGGCAUCGUGCCCAAGAUGGCCAUUCGGUUCUCGAGCUUUGAGCUGUACAAGUCGUGGCUGGCCGAUGAGACCGGCAAGGUCGCCACAUCCGGCGUGUUCCUGGCGGGUCUGGGUGCCGGUGUCACCGAGGCUGUGGCUGUGGUGACCCCGAUGGAUGUCAUCAAGAUCCGGCUGCAGGCGCAGCGGCACUCGACCGUCGACCCGCAGGACGUGCCAAAGUACCGCAACGCCAUCCAUGCCGCCUUCACCAUCAUCAAGGAGGAGGGCCCGAUGACGCUCUACAAGGGCGUGGCGCUGACCGCGCUGCGCCAGGCAACCAACCAGGCUGUCAACUUUACGUUCUACCAGGAGUUCAAGCGGAUUGCGCGCCAGCUGCAGGGUCUCGAUGAGCUGCCAUCAUACCAGCAUCUGAUUCUCGGUGGUGUCAGCGGCGCCAUGGGCCCGAUCUCCAAUGCGCCCAUCGACACGAUCAAGACCCGCAUCCAAAAGUCGACAUCUGUCGCCGGCGAGUCGGGAUGGACGCGCUUCGUCACGGUCACACGCGACAUCGCACAGAAGGAGGGAUACAAGGCCUUCUACCGGGGUCUUACACCGCGCGUGCUGCGCGUGGCACCUGGCCAGGCUAUCACAUUCAUGGUGUACGAGAAGGUCAAGAGCUGGAUCGACCUUUGGAACGACCGCAAGCAGCCCUCAUUUCUAAAGCCGAAAGUGUUGAGUGUGUUGAGCACCAGCACAAGAGUUCUGGGUGUGGCAUUGAUGCUGGUGGUUGCCUAUAUAGCCGCCCAUCAGGGUGUCUGA